ACUUUAUUUUAAGACCCUCUCAAAACGGAAAAAACAAGCCAUGGAGAAGAAAGGGGAUCACCGAAAACUUCGGGUCUGCGUCGCUACCUGCAACCGUGCCGACUACUCCAAACUCGCCCCAAUCAUGUUUGGCAUUAAAACGGAACCUGAGUUCUUUGAACUUGAUGUGGUGGUACUUGGCUCUCACCUGAUAGACGACUAUGGAAACACAUAUCGCAUGAUUGAACAGGAUGAUUUUGACAUUAACACAAGGCUCCACACGAUUGUUCGGGGGGAAGAUGAGGCAGCCAUGGUGGAGUCAGUAGGUCUGGCCCUGGUGAAGCUACCAGAUGUCCUUAAUCGCCUGAAGCCUGACAUCAUGAUUGUUCAUGGAGACAGGUUUGACGCCCUGGCUCUGGCUACAUCUGCUGCUCUGAUGAACAUCCGGAUCCUUCACAUUGAAGGGGGGGAAGUGAGCGGGACCAUCGACGACUCUAUCAGACACGCCAUAACAAAGCUGGCUCACUACCACGUGUGCUGCACCCGGAGCGCAGAGCAGCACCUGAUCUCCAUGUGUGAGGAUCACGACCGCAUCCUUCUGGCAGGCUGUCCUUCCUACGACAAACUGCUCUCAGCCAAAAACAAGGACUACAUGAGCAUCAUUCGGAUGUGGUUAGGUGAUGAUGUAAAGCCUAAAGAUUACAUUGUUGCACUCCAGCACCCUGUGACCACUGAUAUUAAGCAUUCCAUAAAAAUGUUUGAGCUAACACUGGAUGCCCUUAUCUCAUUUAACAAGCGGACCCUAGUCCUGUUUCCAAAUAUUGAUGCAGGGAGCAAAGAGAUGGUGCGGGUGAUGCGGAAGAAGGGCAUCGAACAUCACCCCAACUUCCGUGCGGUGAAACACGUACCGUUUGAGCAGUUCAUCCAGCUGGUUGCCCACGCUGGCUGCAUGAUUGGGAACAGCAGCUGUGGGGUGCGAGAGGUUGGAGCUUUUGGAACCCCUGUGAUCAACCUGGGGACACGUCAGAUUGGGAGAGAAACAGGGGAGAAUGUUCUUCAUGUCCGGGACGCUGACACCCAAGACAAAAUACUACAAGCCCUGCACCUGCAGUUUGGUAAACAGUACCCUUGUUCAAAGAUCUAUGGCGAUGGGAAUGCUGUUCCCAGGAUUUUGAAAUUUCUCAAAUCUAUUGAUCUCCAAGAACCACUUCAGAAGAAAUUCUGCUUUCCUCCUGUGAAGGAGAACAUCUCUCAAGAUAUCGACCAUAUUCUCGAGACUCUCAGUGCCUUGGCUGUUGAUCUGGGUGGGACAAACCUCCGAGUUGCAAUAGUCAGCAUGAAGGGUGAAAUAGUUAAGAAGUACACGCAGUUCAAUCCCAAAACCUAUGAAGAGAGGAUUCACUUAAUCCUGCAGAUGUGUGUGGAAGCAGCGGCAGAAGCUGUCAAGCUGAACUGCAGGAUUCUGGGAGUAGGUAUUUCCACUGGAGGCCGUGUAAACCCUCGGGAAGGAGUUGUGCUCCACUCAACAAAGCUGAUCCAAGAGUGGAACUCCGUGGACCUCAGGACCCCCCUGUCGGACACGCUGCAUCUCCCCGUGUGGGUGGACAAUGAUGGCAACUGUGCAGCCCUGGCCGAAAGGAAGUUUGGCCAAGGAAAGGGGCUGGAGAACUUCGUGACACUCGUCACAGGCACAGGAAUCGGCGGUGGCAUCAUCCAUCAGCAUGAACUGAUCCACGGAAGCUCCUUCUGCGCUGCCGAGCUUGGCCACCUCGUUGUGUCUCUGGACGGGCCCGACUGCUCAUGUGGGAGCCACGGGUGCAUUGAGGCCUACGCCUCGGGGAUGGCUUUGCAGAGGGAGGCGAAGCAGCUGCACGAUGAAGACCUGCUGCUGGUGGAAGGGAUGUCGGUGCCCAAAGACGAAGCUGUGGGUGCACUCCAUCUCAUCCAGGCUGCAAAACUCGGCAACGCCAAGGCCCAGAGCAUCUUACGAACCGCUGGAACGGCUCUGGGUCUGGGGGUGGUGAACAUCCUGCACACCAUGAACCCCUCCCUCGUGAUCCUCUCUGGAGUCCUGGCCACUCACUACAUCCACACCGUCAAAGAUGUCAUCCGCCAGCAAGCCCUGCCCUCAGUUCAGGACGUGGACGUGGUGGUUUCGGACUUGGUGGACCCUGCCUUGCUUGGUGCUGCCAGCAUGGUCCUGGACUACACGACUCGCAGGAUCUACUAGGCCUCCCUGCGGUGGACACGGACCAUGCCUCCAGAGCUACGGAGUGAAGUCAAGCUCUUAUCUUGAUGAUGAGCAAUUUUUUUUUUUUUUUUCCUAAAAGCAGGUGACUCUGGCAGAGAAGUGGGCAUUUUAAUUUUUGUCCCCUCUUCCAAAGUCACCCUCCAGCCUCU